AUGCUCUUUCUGCCUUUUUGGAGCUGUUAUCUGCCAAGUUGCUUGACUCUGUACUCAACUUUGUGGCCGAUCACCGGCAAGUCCACCAGCAACUCCAGCUGUGGCAAUCCAUAUUACCCGAGAUCAAAGUUGAACCAUGCAGAGGAGAAGCAGAUAAAGGACGAGGGUGUGAAGAAUUGGUUGGACGAUCUCCAAGACUUUGCUUACGAUGUGGAUGACAUCUUGGACGACUUCGCUUACCAAGAGUUACGUCUCAAGCUCCAAAAAACUCGAGCACAAGCCAGCACUAGUAAGGUACAGAAACUCAUUCCAACCUGCUGUACUGGUGGUUAUUUCUCUCCAAUCUCUUUUAUGUUCAAUGCUAAGAUGAUUUCAAAGAUAACAGCAAUCACUGAUAGACUGAAUAGUUCGAACACUCGAAGAAGUAGUUUGGGGUUGAGUGAGAUCAUGUCUCAAGGCGCAACUUCCAAGGGAAAGAAACCCAGGCUGCAACCAAUUUCCUUGAUGGAUGGAGCUGUGGAUAACAAUUCCGAUGGAGUUUGUGUCCUUUCCAUUCUUGGCACGGGAGGGAUGGGGAAAACAACUCUUGCUCAGCUUGUUUACAAUGAUCCCAGCAUUAAGGAGUCUUUCGAUCACAAGUCCUGGGUAUGCGUUGCUGAUGACUUUGAUGCUGUUAACAUAACACAGACGAUUUUAAGAUCCCUCGAUGCUGACUCACGUGAUGAGAAUGACUUGAACUUGCUUCAAGUCAAGUUGAAGGAGAAGUUAUCCGGAAAAAGGUUCUUGCUUGUUUUGGAUGACAUUUGGAACGAGAGUUACAGUGAUUGGACCAUCUUACGGGCUCCAUUUGCAGCAGGAACCAAGAUUAUUGUAACAACUCGACUCGAAAAGGUUUCAUCUAAUGUAGAUUCGGUGAAAGCGUUUUACUUGGAUAAACUCUCGCAUCAUGAUUGUUUAUCCAUAUUUGCUCAGCAUGCAUUGAAAGCAAGAAGCUUUGCUGGGCAUCUCCAAUUUAAAGAAAUUGGAGAGAACAUAGUGAGAAGGUUCAACGGCUUACCUUUGGCUGCAAAAGCCAUUGGAAGCUUAUUACGCACAGUUCAGGAUCAUAGUGAAUGGGAAAAAGUAUAUGAGAGCGAGAUAUGGGACCUACCAGAAGAUCCAUGUGGCUUAAUUCCAGCUUUGCGAUUAAGCUACCAUUAUCUUCCCCCUCAUUUGAAACGAUGCCUUGCAUACUGCUCCAUAUUUCCUAAAGAUUAUGAAUUUGAAGAAGAAGAGAUAAUCUUGUUAUGGAGAGCAGAAGGUUUCUUGCAAUCAAAAGCUAAAAUUCAAGGCAAAGGUCUUGGAAAACAAUAUUUUCAAGAUCUAGUGGCAGGGUCAUUUUUUCAAAGAUCUAGUAAAGACAAAUCCCGUUUCGUGAUGCAUGAUCUUAUGAAUGAUUCAGCUCAAUUAGUUGCAGGAGAAAUAUGAUGCAGACUGGAGGGUGAAAAGCAACAAAAGUUUUCGCAUCGUUCUCGUCACUCAGCUUAUGUUAGCGAUGAUCGGUUUCACGGUGUAAAGAAGUUUGAAGCAUUUUAUCAAAUGACUUCUUUACGUACUUUCUACCCUUACCCUUAAUGGCUCCAAGAUAUCAGGUAUUCUAUUUAACUAAUGUUGUCUUGGAUGAUUUAUUGCCAAGACUUAGCUACUUAAGGGUUCUUUCUUUGCGUCGGUUUAAGAUCUAUGAUUUGCCCGACCUUUUUGAAAAUUUAAAACAUCUACGCGACUUAAAUUUUUCGAGGACCCUAAUCAAUUCUUUACCUGAUUCUUUGUGUACUCUUUAUCAUUUGGAGACUUUAAUAUUAAGAAAUUGUUCAAAGCUCAAAAGUUUACCCUCGAAGAUCGGAAACCUUGUCAACUUGCAUUUUCUUGAUAUUAGAGGUGCGGGUUCAAUAAAAAGGAUGCCCUCCGGAUUUGAUCAGCUCACCAAACUUCAAAUCUUGUCUAAUUUUGUUAUAGGGGAAGGAGAUGGACAUCUUAUUAGAGAAUUGAAAAAUUUGUCAAGCCUUAGAGGUAAUUUUUGUCUUUCCGGAUUGGAGAAUGUUAAUGGUCAAGAUGCCAGGGAAGCUAAGUUAAAUGAGAAGCUAGGGAUUGAUGGGUUAGUACUGCAAUGGGGUGCAGACUUGGCGAAUAGUACAAGGAAAAAAAGAGUUGAAGAGCGAGUGUUGGACUUUCUUCGUCCUCCGAAACAGAUUGAGCAACUCAUUAUAGAGAAUUACGGGGGUGUAAAAUUCUCGUCUUGGAUAGCAGAUUCUUCCUUCGAGAAUUUGUCGUCUUUGAAGCUUCGCAAUUGUAAAAACUGCAAAUCACUACCAUCAGUUGGAAGGUUGCCAUUGUUAAAAGAUCUUUCAAUUAUUGGUUUCGAUCAAGUAUAAAAGAUUGGUGUUGAGUUCUUUGGAGAAAAUCAAUUGAAUCCAUUUGCAUCAUUAGAGAUUCUGUCUUUUGAGAGUCUUCCAAACUGGAAGGAGUGGGACGCUUGUGAAGGAAACGAGAAGGUUUUGAAACUCCCAAGUCUUCGUGAGCUUUCAAUCAAAACCUGUCCUCAAUUGUUGGGAAGGUUGCCUACCCAUCUUCCUUCCUUGCAAAAACUUGAAAUUCAUGGCUGUACGAGUUUGGUAGUUUCAAUAUCAAGUUUCCCGUCACUGUGUGAAUUAAGUACAGAAGGGUGUGCAGAACUGGUGGAUGAUUGCUCUUCUCCUGCAAAGGAGGUUUCCUCUUUGCAAACUUUAUCUCUUUCUAACAUUUCAAAGUUUAAUAUUCCAGCGGAUAGGACAAUGUUGAGGUUUGGAAACUCAGAACAUUUUGAAAUUCAUGGUUGGGAGGAGUUGGCAUCUCUGUCACAGCAUGGGUUGAGUUUAGUUGGACAUCGUUUCAUUUUCGUUUGGCGUUGUCCUCGACUGCAUUCUUUGGAAGCCGAUGAAGCCGAAUUGCAACCUAACAAGAUUUCACGUGUUGAAUCUCUGAACAUAGCUUCUUGUGAUAGGCUCAAUAGAUUGCCACAAGUCCUACAUGACCUCACAUUCCUUACAGUGAUGAAAAUUGGUAAUUGUCGAGGCUUGGUUUCUUUUGCAGAGAAUAACUUACCUCCUAAUUUAAAAAAGCUGAAGAUUGAAGACUGUGAGAAUUUAGAGUAUUUGGUUGAUGAAAAAGAAGAUAAUAAGAGUACGAGUAGUACCCUCUGUCUUCUUGAGGACUUGGAAAUAUUUGAUUGUCCAUCUCUAAUGUCUUUGUCAUCGAAGGGGCACAAAAAUAUUUGCAAUCAGCUUCAAUUUCUCCAAAUUACUGAAUGCUCAAAGCUGAGUUGCCUAUUUUCAAACACCAAGUUUCCCAUAACGCUUAAAUAUUUGAGAAUUUCGAGAUGUCCAAUGUUGGAAUACAUAGCCCAGGAGUUUGAGGAAACAACUUGUCUUGAAUCUAUUGAAAUUGCAUUUUCUGGAAUUAAAUCUCUACCACGAGGACUUGACAAGCUCAUCUAUCUCCAGAAGAUUUUGUUGUAUUCGUGUUCAAAUUUGGUUUCUUUUGAAGAAAGUGGGUUGCUCACCACCAGCUUCAGAGCUUUCGAAGUUGGUUACUGUGGAAAUUUUGGAGCCCUUCCUAAGAGCAUGGCCCGCAUCACCUCCCUUGGACGAUCAAGAGUGCACAACUGUUCGGCUAACAUAUCAUUUCCAUCGGAGGGAUUCCCUGCCAAUCUCACAUCACUUAAAAUCUCAAACGCACCCAAAACUUAUAGGUCACUUGUGGAAUGGGGAUUAAAUAGACUCACCUCUCUUCAAGCAUUGACCAUCGGAGGUGGAGGAUGCUCAAACGUUGUGUCGUUCCCAGAAGAAGGGAUUGGAAUGAUGUUGCCUCCUUCUCUCACCCGUAUCAAGCUUUUCAAAUUUGAGAACCUGGAAUUCAUGUUAUCCGAGGGCUUUCAAGACCUCGCCUCUCUUAAAGAAUUGGUGAUCGAUAAUUGUCCCAAGCUCACAUCUCUUCCGGAAAAAGACAUGCUUCUCUCGCUUGGAAGUUUAUGUUUUUACAGGUGUCCGUUGCUGAAAGAAGAGUGCUCAAGCGAUAAAGGACGAGAGUGGUCUAAGAUUUCCCACAUACCCCUUGUUCAAAUUGAUUUUAUAAGUGUCAUCCCAGGGGAAUCAAAUUGAAAGAUGAGCUGCAAAAUCUGUGAUUGGUUUCUUCAGAGUCAUGGGACAGGGAUUGAAAACUAAGUUGGGGUGGAAGUGGGCUUUCAGAAAGAUCCUUUGAAGGAAAAGUAAAAAGAUGUCACUUCUCUUCGGUAUUUGUAUAUAACCAUCCUGAUGCCAUUGAAGAAUAUUUUGGAUUCUUAGAUGUGAUGAAUUUGGUGAUAAAAGCUAAAUCGACGAGGUAGUGUUGAUUUCAAAAGAUCUUUUCAAGAAAACUAAUGAAGACAUGGGGUAGAGACUUGGAGAAUAUACAAGGAAAAAAGAAGUAGAAGAGCGGGUGCUAGACUUUCUUCGUCCUUAGAAAAAGUUUGAGCAACUCAUCAUUAAGAAUUGCGGUGGUGCAAAAUUCUCAUAUUGGAUGGCAGAUUCUUGUUUCAAGAAUUUGUCAGUUUUUGAAGCUUCGCAAAUGUGAUGAAUUUGAGUACCCUUUGUUAGACAUCGUUCAAUACAUGAGAGUGCUUUUGUAGCCGUUGCUUCGUUGUGGACUACACAGGCUAACACUCAAACCACAGGUGAAGAAAGCUAAACUGGUGAGGUAGUGUUCAUUUCAAGAAAAUUAAUGAAGGCAUUCAACUGAGCUAGUUUAGCUUAUUUGAUUUUUAUAAAGAGGAUUGUGGAUACCAUCCUGGUGACAUUGCUAUGCCAAUCCUAAAUUCAUUCAAUCUACAAUGUAUAAAUGUUGAUGAGAUGUAAUUGGCAUAUUGUGAUUGAGUGUCCCUUUGCAAAAUUACCACACUUCAAUGGGUGGAAUUUGUGAUUGAGUAUUUUGUAAAAGGCUAGUAAAAGGGUGGGUGGUGUUUUAGUAUUUUCAGAGAGCUGAAGUGAUGUUUGUAAACUUCUCUCUUCGCUUUGGGGCUUAAUUUUGCAGUACCAUUAGGUCACCGGUUUUUCUAUAAUGUGAGCUUUGUCUAUUGUAAUCUUGUGUUCACUUUUUUAUUCUGGUAGUGGAUGUAGGAAUUAUUUCCAAACUACCUAUAUUAUUAUUAUCUUUAAUAAAAAAAAUUUAUUCAAAUUUAAUUUUAA